AUGGAAGACUCUCAGAACCGGCCAACGUUCGAAGGUUUACCAGUGGAAUUGCAGAUCUCUAUUUUAUUCAAUAUUGAUGGCUUGGAUUCCCUUCGAUCGCUCGUAUGCGCGUCACCAACGUAUCACCGAGCAUAUCAGCUCGUUAGACAAGAACUUCUCUACGUGCUUCUACAGAGCUCUUACGAUGGACUCGUGGACAUGGCAGAUGCAAUAGCUGCCGUUCGGUCCAGAGGCUUAUACGCCAUCAAGACAUCGAAUCGCGCAGAGAUUAUUGCCUUGUUGGACAGCCGACGACGAAGUGAAGAGAUCCGCCGCCUCGGACUGUCUACAUGGCCGUUUCCAGACGAGCCUGCUGAUAUUGAGGAGAUAAUUCAACUACUGCAUCUCCAUAGAGUGGCUCAUUUUCUCCUCGACGAUUAUACCCGGACAGCAACUCGUCCUGCGUGGAUCGACUUGGAGAAAUGGAAGGAUGAGAUUUUACCCCUGACCCUAAGCAGAAUGGAACAGAGACGCUUUCUUCGAGCAUUCUAUCGGAUGCAGAUUUAUGGCAACAUAUUCGGUCACAUAGCAAUUCCCCUGGGUGCAGACAACGUCGAAGAAGAAAAUGACUGGUUUGCUGAUGAUCGUGGCCGGACGCCUACUUUCACGGAUGAAGAAACGUGGCGUCUAUUCUUCGGACCCAUUGCGCCAUGGGAAGUCGAAGAAUUCAGCUGUUUCUGGCAACAUUGUUAUAAUCGAUGGGAGGAGCCAUACCUUGAAAUAUCAAAAACCCUUGCGGCUUAUGCGGCUGAUGGUGUUAUCUGGUUCAGCGAUCUUCCUCCCGAAGAGCGGCCCCCUCUGAAUCGCCUUGGGUUGGACGUUGACCAUAUGCAUAUUCACCAAGCUGAGCAGAGGGAAACCUUAGCCCAGAUGGUACCAACAUUGCUUGUGAAGAUACUCCGUGAACCGGAUUUUAGAACUCGCCGCGACUUGCUUCUGGCCAACACGGUCAUUCUUAGCCAUUCGUUUGUUGACUAUUGGCCCAAACCAAACUGGGAAGAACCCGGAGCGUUGCCCCUUCUGUACCCUGCCGAUAGAUUCAACUUCGGCACAGAUUUCAACGGUCUCAAGGCAUACUUGGAGACGCUGCCUCCGCACGAGCGGCCUAACGUCGCCUGGGCGAGGCGGUGGCUCGAUGCGCGUCUAGAGUAUCCUCAAGUCUUUGAGGAUAUGUACUCAUAUGGCCCGUACGGUUCGUGUUGGAAAUGGGGCUAUGCAAUCUGGGACGAAGAAAGGCUCAAUGAAUGGGGCGCCAUGGAUCAUCUCGAGCUCCAGUGA